AUGCAGUAUCCCUUCGCGCGGAACCUAUGCCUCGUCUUCAGCUUCAUCAGUGCAGUCUAUGCUAAUACCGAGAAAACCAUCUUUAUUGCUCCUCCAGCCAUUGCUAUACCCAGCUUCCAGUCAAGUCUCGAGAACCUUCGACUCGUCACUCUGUCACCAGGCCGGCAGGCAUCGUUCAGAACAGAACUCUCCGUAGCAUUUCCGUCUAAGCAGAUUCCACGCGGCCACGAACACUGGUACAUGCUGGAUAAGCUGACGGAGGGCCAAAGACACGAGGUCCGGAUUUGCUGGGCGGCCACGCAACCCACAGAAUUUUGGCUUGACACUUACUCGGUUUCCGAACUCUUAGAGACGCCUUCACUUAUUUCUUCACUCGCUGAAUACUCUGGUACAAACAAAGGGACAGAUAGGUUAGAGCGAGAAUACCAAUCUGGGGAGGAAUCAGUGCGCGCCACGUCCAAACUCUUUCUCCGCGUCAGCGCUGCAGCAGACUUCUAUACAACCAACGCUACGUUGAUGCACAAUCCGCCGGAUGUAGUGGUGGACAUCAUUCUCGACCCAUUUGCCUUAAAUCUGAUACCAGAAUCACUCUUACCAGUUGGCCUAUACAUCGUUGUAGUUUUUAUUGCUGCAUGGUUUGUAUCGGGUGUCAUCUACCAGUGGCUAUACGCAAUUGCCAAGACUGAGCUUGAAAAGCCACACAAGGACUGA